AUGGCAAGUAACGUGCCAGAGCACAAACAUCUGGACGUAAUGAUUAGCUAUAGCAGGGUUAACCAAAACGUUAUGAGAAAAUUGAAAGACUUUUUGAUUGAGAAUGGCUUAAAGGCCUUUCUGAUUAUCUUAAGUAAGAAUUCAGCUACAUCGAAGUAUUGUAGGGAUGAAUUGGCAUUAGCCUAUAUUUCUAACAAGCCAAUUAUUCCCGUAGCUCUCGAAAAGAAAAGUGAGAUUUUAUCUGUUCUUGAAUUUGGCAUGAAACUAACUUUAGCUUCUAUGGAAUGGAUAUCUUUAGCUGAUGAUAUGCAAUUUGAUCAGCAAUUAAGCAAAAUUAUAGCAGCUGUUAACACAUUCAUCUGCGAUACUGAUGUGAGUGAACAUAACAAUAACUCGGUAAAAAGCCAAGAUCGUUUAGUGAAUAGACAGAUUUCAAAACACAAGAAGUUAUUUCAUGACCAUGAAGAAAAAGACUUUAUCAGAGCUGGUGAAAAAUUUAUUGAAUUUUUAAAAGAUUAUUAUCGUAUGGAGGAUACAAUACCUUGGACACUUUUUGAACAAAAAUUUUAUGAAAUAAAUGGACCAGAAUUAGAAAAAUUGUGUAGUUUUGACAAUGAGGGUUGGUUGCUAGGAGUUUUAUAUCGUGAACUAGAGGUGCUUGAAGCAAAUGAAAAUGUUACUAAACAACAGUUGCUAGCAUUUACAGAUAAUAAUAUAGAUAUAUUUUGGGAAAACGUAGAAGAACAAGCGAUACAAAGCUAUGCAAUGAGAGAAGUAUUUAAUAUGGAUUCCUCUGUUAGAAUUCCAGCGAUUAUGAAUUUAUCAAAGAUUAAAAGCCCUGCAGUCAUGGAGGCAUUAUCUGAUCUGCUAACGGAUAAAGAUCCUAAUAUCCGAUCAGUCGCUGCCAUAUCACUUGGUCGACUUGGAGUGCAAAACAAUCUUAGAAUUACAAGAAGAUUGAUCAAUUUACUUAAUGACAGUGAUAGGCUUGUUCGAGAGGCUGGCUGUCUAGCUUUGGGACAUAUGAAAGCUCAACCCGCUGUUCGAAAGCUCGUUAAACUUUGGCGUAAUGAUACAAUUUCUCAUGUUCGUGAAGCAGCUCAAUGUGCACUAAAACGCAUAGGAGGUGAAGAAGCUGAGAAGGCCUUACAUAUUACCAAAGUUUUAACCGAAGAAAUAAGAGCAUUAACUACUAAAAAUAAUACCAACUAA